GAGGCAGAUGAUAUGGCAGCUUUGUGAGCGACCAGGUGAAACUUGCUUUGUUAAUUCCGUGUAGCUGGGGAACAUGAAGACGUUUUAAGUCGCUGACGGCAACAGGGCCUCGGUUAGAAAUGAUAUAUUUGAUAUUAAUUUCCGCAUUUUCUGGGGCUCUCGUCACGUUAGUGUUACAAUUCCUUCUUCUGUAUCGGAGAAGCCCGGAGCCUAUUGGAAGGACAGUGCAAUAUGUCAAAGCAGUGCCUGAUCCCUUAUUGAAGGAUUACUUUAAUAACCAACAUGUCGAAUCGGGACAGCAUCAAGAAAACACGACAUUCGCUGCAUCUAAACAGACAGAGGCCGCUGCUCCGAAGCCGCAGGAAACGUCUGUCAGCAGUAGCCCGAAACAACAGCCGCCACCGCCUUCUCAGAACGAGUCACUGAGCACCUCUAAGCCGGAGACAUGCGGCUUUUUAAAUGCAAUAUUUCUCUUUUUGUUUCGGGAACUGCGGGACACCCCGGUGGUCAGACACUGGAUCACCAAAAAAAUCAAGGUGGAGUUCGAGGAGCUGCUACAGACCCGAACAGCCGGGCGGUUGUUGGAGGGUCUCAGCCUUCGGGAUAUAUCAUUGGGCAAUUCAUUGCCCGUCUUCAAGACGGCCAAACUUAUGAGGCCCGUCGCAGUGAACGAGGACGGGAUGCCGGAAGAGCUGAAUUUCGAGGUUGACCUCGAAUACAACGGUGGCUUUCACCUGGCCAUCGAUGUAGACCUGGUGUUUGGGAAAUCCGCCUACCUGUUCGUGAAAAUGACGCGGGUUGUAGGCCGGCUGAAGCUACAGUUCACUCGGAUGCCUUUUACGCACUGGUCCUUCACCUUUCUGGAGGACCCACUGAUAGACUUCGAGGUGAAAUCCCAGUUUGAGGGUCGGCCGUUGCCCCAACUCACCACCAUUAUUGUCAACCAGCUGAAACGAGUAAUCAAGAAGAAACACACGUUGCCAAACUACAAGAUAAGGUACAAGCCCUUCUUCCCGUUUCAAGUGCAGCCUCCGCUGGCCUCGGUGUGUGACCAGGACAUGGCGAUCGGGGACACGCGAUUGGUGGAGGGACGGCUCAGGGUGACACUCGUUGAAUGUAGCAGACUCUUCAUCCUGGGCUCGUAUGACCGGGAGACGCGCGUCCACUGCACCUUUGAGCUGAGCCAGAGGGAAUGGAAGGAGAAGACGCGCAGCUCCAUCAAGAUGACGGAGGUGGUGAAGGGUCCCUCUGGCAGCUGGGGCAUGACGUUCCGUCACGUGGCGGCGAGCGAGGGCGACGCGGUGCACGUGAGCAUCGAGACGGUGACGCCCAACUCCCCUGCCGCCCUGGCCGACCUGCAGCGCGGAGACCGCCUCAUCGCCAUCGGAGGUGUGAAGGUGACGUCGUCCGUCCAGGUCCCGAGGUUGCUAAAGGCGGCGGGCGAGCGGGUACAAGUGCUGUACGAGCGCCCCGUCCGCCACCACGGCGGCACCACCACCACCACCAGCAGCAGCAGCAGCGGUGGCGGCGGAGGCAUCCCCACCUCCACCUCCUCCUCCACCCCCCAGGACCCGCUGAGCUCGCUGGACGAGCCCUCAGCCGUCCCCCACCCCCACCCCCACCCCCAUGCCCCGCCCACCGCCUACCAGGAGGACCCGGCCACCAUCACCACCAUGGACAUCUCCGAGAGCAAGGACAACGACUCGGAGUUCGAGGAGCUGAUCGUGGACUCACGGCCCCCGCUCCCUCCGCCUCCCUCCUCCUCCUCCAUCGCGGCCGCCUCCUCCUCCUCCUCCUCCUCGGCCGUGGCGGAGUUUAGGGACGACUUCCUGCUCAGCGUGAACCAAAGCCCCAAGAGGGCGCUCGGCACCAUCUCGCCCAUCCUCAACCGCAAGCUCAACCUGGUGGGUCUCCAGUCGCCCCUCAAGCCCAAAGACUCUCCCAAACCCUCGCCUUCCCACCACAGGGCUGCAGCCUCGGAGGCAUCCUCUGUGUCCGGGCACAGCUCUUCUGGUGGCUCCACUUCUGCUGGCGGAGGUGGUGGAGGAGGAGGAGAAGGUCCCCAGAGGCCUACUGUGCCCCCGCCCCCUCCCCCGGCCAGGCCACCCGUCCCGCCGCGUCCACACAUCAAGGUCACGUCGGCCCUGGAGGGGCAGAGCCAGUCGGUGGACGCCGGAGACGCUGGAGCUCCGGCAGCAGAGAAGAGCCCUGAGAAGACUCCGACACCAGCUGCUAGCACCACCACGGGCACCACCAACACGGGCACCGCCACGGGGGCAAACGGGCCCGAAAAACCCACCACCGAGAAAUCCCCCGUCAAAUCAGUCGAGCCAAAGCCCGUAACCACCAAGUCUGCAGCCACUGAACAAACCACGCAGGACGCGACCACCACUACAACAGCAGGCGGCAUGACUCACAGCUCCAGCAGAACAGACCUGUCCAAAGACCACAAGAGCAGCAGCGGCGGUGGUGACCAGACCAGCAUGACCUCCUCCACCUCCUCCACCACCCAGAGGGAGAACAGCCUGGACGAGCAGGGCCUGUGGGAGUCCCCCGAGGCGCGCUUCCACAGCAGAGCGGCGCGCUGGCCCCCCCAGGCCUCCGUGGUGUUCGAGGUGGAUGCCCAGCACCGCUUCCUCAACGCCGCGCUGUGGUGCAAGGACCCCUUCAAGCUGGGCAGCCUGCUGUGCCUGGGCCACGUCAGCCUGCGUCUGGAGCACGUGGCGCUGGAGUGCAUGUCCAUGUCCUCGGCCGAGUACCAGAGCACCUUCCGACUGAGCGCCCCCGAGCCCCGCGCCAGCGUCAGCCGCACCAUGCUGCGCAGCCUCACCACGCACAAGGGCUUCAACGAGAAGCUCUGCUACGGCGACGUGACGCUCAACUUCACCUACCUGGCGGAGGGGGAGCCCGAGCACCCGUGCUGGGGACCUGGUACUGCCACCGCCACCAGCGCGGAGAAGGAGCUGGAGAGGAAAGGCAGCCUGCAGGACGAGGAGUUCCAGGAGAGGGAGCGGGAACGCGCAGAGCAGCAGCAGCAGCAGGCCCAGGCGGCGCUGGCGGCGCGCGACGACCUCAGCUACACCUCCUCCCUGGGCCUGCUGGGAGAGAUGCGCCACAACUUCCAGGACACGCAGUUCCAGAACCCCACCUACUGCGAGUACUGCAAGCGCAAGGUGUGGACCAAGUCGGCCUCGCAGUGCAUGGCGUGCGCCUACGUGUGCCACAAGCGCUGCCAGGACAAGUGCCUGGCGGAGAACCCCUACUGCGUGGCGCUGGUGGCCCCUGGCGAGCGGGUGGUGGGUGGCCGCGGCGGUGCCGCAGACCCCGAGGCCAAGUCCACCAUCAACCGGGCCACCACGGGCAUCACGCGGCACAUCAUCAACACCAGCUCGCGCCUGCUCAGCCUGCGGCAGGUGCCCAAGGCGCGGCUGACCGAGCAGGUGGCCGAGGCGGCUGCGGUGGCGGUGACCGUCGGUGCCACGGCUGGCGCCGGCGUUCCCGGUGCCGAACCUUCGCCCAAGCAGACGCCCAACACGUCCGACAACGAAAGCAGCGACACGGAGACGUACGCCGGCGGCGCCAGCCCGUCCAAGCACGUCACCGGCGGCGGCAAGCUGGCACGCAAGGAGGGCGGUCUGGACGACAGCGUGUUCAUCGCGGUGAAGGAGAUCGGGCGCGACCUGUACCGCGGCCUGCCCACCGACGAGCGCUCGCAGAAGCUGGAGCUGAUGCUGGAUAAGCUGCAGCAGGAGAUCGACCAGGAGCUGGAGCACAACAACGCCCUGCUGCAGGAGGAGCGGGACGCCAACGCAGACCCGCGCGGAGACGCACGACGCAAGGCUCUGUUGGCGGCAGCCCUGGCCAAGUCUGGCGAGCGUCUCCAGGCGCUCACGCUGCUCAUGAUCCACUACCGGGCCGGCAUCGAGGACCUGGAGUCGGUCGAGAGCACCUCGCCCUCCGACACGCACGCCUUCCCACCCCCCACAGGGGCCACAGGGGCCGGGGCAGGAGGCAAGGGCAAAGGCCUGGAGGGGGUGCUGGAGGAGGAGGACGACGGGCUGAUGGGGGCAGAGGCCGAGGUGUACGACAGCGACAUGUGCAGCCCCAUGGACGCCAUGGAUGACAUCACGGAGGAACAGAUCUGCGUGGAGGCGCUCCCUUAGACUGGAGAGAAGAGAAGAGAGGAAGGAGG